AUGGAUUUGCGUAAAUGGGUUUGGAGUGUGUGCGCAGUGGCUGGCUUGGUGCUCACCGUCACUGAACAUUCCCAGAGUGAGAUUACCUGGGAGGUCCCUCGCUUUGAUGGCUGGUACAACAGUUUGGGGAAUCCCAGGCGUGGAUCGGUCGGUUCUCGCCUCGUGCGCCUCGUGCCCGCGCAGUACUGGGACGGAGUCUACCAACCUGUCCUCGAGCCGCUGCAGCCAAACCCGCGCAGACUGAGCCGGGUCCUGGCAGAGGGGCCCUCUGGGCUGCCCUCCACCCGCAACCAGACUGUGCUGUUUUUGUUCUUCGGCUACCAUGUUGCCUUUGAGAUUUCAGACUUAAGAAGUUCUGGUUGUCCACCUGAGUUCAUGAACAUCCCAGUUCCACAAGGUGACCCAGUCUUUGACCCCAAUGCCACGGGAGAGGUCCAGCUGCCAUUCCGGAGAGGAGAGUGGGAUCAAGCAUCCGGUCAAAGCCCCAGCAACCCUCGCACGCAGAUCAAUUCAGUUACAGCUUGGAUAGAUGGAAGCUCCAUCUAUGGCCCUUCCAGCUCUUGGUCUGACUUACUGAGAAGUUUCUCUGGAGGACGCUUGACUUCAGGUUCUGAGUGGAACAUGCCAAAGCAGGGAGGGGAAACCAAUUUCAUGUGGAGCGCUCCCGACCCCUCUACUGGAGAGCACCGACCACAAGGCCUUUAUGAGUUGGGAAAUGCCUGGGCCAAUGAGAACAUGUUCACAGCGGCAGAGGGGAUUAUCUGGUUUCGCUACCACAAUUAUGUCGCCUCCAAGUUGCAUGAAGAACACCCGGAGUGGUCAGAUGAGGAGCUGUUUCAAAAUGCCAGAAAGACCACUGUGGCCACAUUCCAGAACAUUGCUCUCUACGAAUGGCUGCCAGGAUACUUGGGAAACAAAACACUUCCUCCUUAUCCAGGCUACCAGCAGUUCGUUGAUCCAGGAAUCUCACCUGAAUUUGAGGUUGCAGCCAUGAGAAUCAGUGCUACUAUGACCCCACCUGGUGUUUAUAUGAGAAAUAGAACCUGCCAUUUUCGAAAUAUUACAAAUGCAGAUGGGAGUACAUCACCUGCAAUUCGCCUUUGCAACAGCUUCUGGAAACGACAAAGGAUCAACGUGAAGACAGGUCAGGAUGUGGAUGACCUCCUCAUGGGCAUGGCCUCUCAGAUUGCAGAGAGAGAAGACAACAUUGUUGUGGAGGACCUGAGAGAUUAUAUGUAUGGACCUCUAAGGUUCACACGUACGGAUCUGGUGGCAAUGACAAUCCAGAGAGGAAGAGACUUUGGUUUGCAAAGCUACACAGAGAUAAGGAAGGCUCUGGAUCUCCCUCCUGUGGAGACAUUUGAAGAAAUCAAUCCUGGGCUCAACCGCACUAACCCUCAGAUGCUCCAGGCUGUGGCAGAAUUGUAUGAUGGAGACAUCUCCAAACUGGAGCUCUUCCCUGGAGGACUGUUAGAGUCUCUCGACGGUCCAGGUCCAGUCUUCUCCGCCAUAAUCCUUGAUCAGUUUGAACGCAUCAGAAAUGGAGAUCGCUUCUGGUUUGAAAACAAACUAAAUGGUUUGUUUACAGAUGAAGAAAUUCAGGAAAUCCGCAACGUGACUUAUCGAGAUGUCCUUCUCGCUGUUACAAGUGCAGACGCCACAGAUAUCCAAGAAAACGUGUUCUUCUGGAAAGAUGGUGACCCCUGUCCUCAGCCCGCACAGCUGGAAGCCUCAAUGUUGUAUCCCUGCACAAACGCCACAAAACUUAAUUACUUUGAUGGCAGCAAAGCUGGAUUUGGAAUUUUUAUCAUUGUUCUAUUUCUGUUCCCUGUUGUGAGUUUUCUUGUAGCCUGUAUGGUGGCAUGUCUUCGGAAGUACAGGUACAAAAGAUUUCAGAGACGAAGAAGAAUCGCUGGAAAUGGAACAGAGAAGCCACCAGUAGGAAUCCCUGCAUUCGAGUGGCAGGGCCACAGCAAGCAGAUGUGCCCAAUUAGUGUGGAGGUGGAAAAGAGGAGGCUGCAGGUUUUUGACAGAUCAGGGUCCACUCAUCGCUCCCUCAAUCUGGGUAACCAGGACUGUCUGGAUGUCCUUCUCGCCAAUGAUCGACAGAAUAAAGCAUUGCUGCUCAAAGUGCCAAAAGAGUAUGAUCUGGUGCUUUUCUUUGAAGAGGAGAGCAAACGUGCCGACUUUAUCAAGUAUCUGUGCCUGGAGCUGAAAGAAAUCAGGCAGGAGAUUAGAGUAAAGGAGCUGAGAGAGAAGGAACUGCUGAAGGAGGCUCUGACCAAAGAGCAAAGAGCUCAGAUUGUGGAGACUUUCAUUCGGCACGCUUUCUCUAAGGUAUUGGAAAUACAGAAGUGUGACGCUGGAGAUAUGAGUGGCGUUUCCCCCAGGAGAGCAAGAGAGGUCCUUCAGUGCGAGCUGACAGCGUCAGAGUUUGCUGACGCACUCUGCCUCAAACCCGACUCUUUAUUUGUGGAUUCCAUGUUCACCCUAGCUGAUAAGGAUGGAAACGGUUACCUGUCCUUUCAAGAGUUCCUUGAUGUUAUGGUGAUUUUUAUGAAAGGAUCUCCAGAGGAAAAGUCCAAGCUCAUGUUUUCCAUGAACGACGUUGGUGGAAAUGGUUAUUUAUCAAAAGAAGAGUUUGCCAGGAUGCUCAGGUCUUUCAUUGAAAUCUCCAACGGUGCUCUGUCAAAGACACAGGCAGAGGACGGCAUCAAGGCCAUGAUGCAAGCUGCAGGCUUCAACAACAAGGAGCAAAUCUCAUGGGAGGACUUUCAUUUCCUCUUGGCAGACCAUGAUAAGGAGCUGCAGUUUGCUAAGCUCAAUGUCAAAGGGAUGGAAAAAGAAGGGAGGAAGCGUCUGAGUCAAUGUCAGAGAGUGUCCUUCAUCUGUCCAGUAAAUAGGCAAGAACAGAAAAGUGUAAUCUGUUUUUGGUUGUGUUUAACUGUUUGCAGCAACAAGGACAAGGCAGAAGGGCUCGAAUUGCGGAGACGGAAGAAUACAUCGAUAAAAACCCCAAAUGUGUAUGUGAAAGCCAAGCGCCAGGAGUACAUCAGAAACCCCGUCCAACAGAAAAUCCAACAGUUCAAACGUUUCAUUGAGAAUUAUCGGCGCCACAUUGUGUGUUUCAUUAUCACAUACAGCAUCACAGUUGGUGUGACGUUAGAGAGAUGUUACUAUUAUGGUUUGCAGGCCGAAGCGACAGGUGUACCUGGGACCACAGUGGUGGGCAUCAUCGUGGCUCGUGGCUCUGCAGCUGGCGUCUCCUUUUUGUUUCCCUACAUGCUGCUUACCGUAUGCCGCAACCUCAUCACGCUGUGCAGGGAAACUUUUCUCAACAGAUUCAUCCCUUUUGAUGCUGCCAUCGACUUCCACCGCUCCCUGGCCAUGACGGCCGUCGUCCUCUCGGUUGCUCAUAGUUUAGCCCAUGUGGUGAAUAUCUACAUAUUUUCCAUCAGUGACCUCAGCAUCCUGUCUUGUCUGUUUCCCAAAGUAUUAAACAACAAUGGGUCUGAACUUCCUCCCAAGUGGUAUUGGUGGUUCCUUCAGACUGUUCCAGGAAUAACCGGAGUGUUGCUUCUUCUUGUUUUGGCAUUCAUGUAUGUUUUUGCCUCUCGCUAUUUCCGCCACAUCAGUUUUCGUGCGUUUUGGAUCACACACUACCUCUACAUUGUUGUUUACAUUCUGACGGUCAUUCAUGGCAGCUUCGCUCUUCUCCAAGAACCUCGUUUCUACAUCUACCUAAUCCCCCCUUCCCUGCUCUUCCUGCUGGACAAACUCAUCAGUCUGAGCAGGAAAAAAGUGGAGAUUCCUGUUGUCAGAGCUGAGCUGCUACCUUCAGGUGUGACACAUCUGGAGUUCAAGCGACCGUCAGGCUUUGUGUAUCGUUCUGGCCAGUGGGUCCGGAUAGCUUGCCUAAUGCUGGGCGCAGAUGAAUACCACCCCUUCACACUAACAUCAGCACCCCAUGAAGAGACUCUGAGCCUGCACAUCAGAGCUGUGGGGCCCUGGACCAGUCAACUCAGAGAGCUCUACACUGACGAAAGCCUCCUAGAGCUUGGAUCUUAUCCAAAGCUGUACUUGGAUGGUCCAUUUGGUGAGGGCCAUCAGGAGUGGGUAGACUUUGAGGUGUCUGUUCUGGUGGGAGGAGGAAUAGGAGUCACACCGUUUGCCUCCAUCCUCAAAGACCUGGUGUUCAAGUCUUCAAUCAAAUCCAAGUUCAUGUGUAAAAAGGUGUAUUUCAUCUGGGUGACACGGACACAGCGUCAGUUUGAGUGGGUGUCAGACAUCAUCAGGGAGGUGGAAGAGAUGGACACUCAGGAGUUGGUCUCAGUCCACACUUACAUCACUCAGGUUGCAGAGAAGUUUGACCUGCGCACCACCAUGCUGUAUGUGUGUGAGCGUCACUUCCAAAAGGUGUGGAACCGCAGUCUCUUCACUGGCUUGCGGUCCGUCACUCACUUUGGCCGUCCACCAUUUGUGUCCUUUUUUAACUCUCUACAGGAAGUUCAUCCUGAGGUGGGUAAAAUGGGCGUAUUCAGCUGCGGACCACCAGGACUGACCAAAAAUGUGGAGAAAGCAUGUCAGCAGAUGAACAAGAGGGAUCAAGCUCAUUUUAUUCAUCACUAUGAGAACUUCUAGCUGUUUUGGGUGUUUGGUAAAGAACAAUGUAGUAUCAUUAUUCCAAAAGUAAUAGAGUGGGUUUAAUAUUAAAUUAAUGUUUGUUGACCUUGCACUUGUUUCCAAUCAUCAGCACCACAAAUGCACACAUAGCUUUGAAAGAAAACUUUUCUUUUUUUUUUAAAAAUAUAUGUAUGCAUAAAUUUAGUAAACCAUCAAUUAAACUUAUUUAUACCCUUUCUGAGAAACAUAAAGCCAAAAAUUUAAAUAACUGAAGUUCUGUCAAUAAGAUUUAUGUCUUUUUAGCAAAAGGAUUUCUGGUUGCAAUCCAAACAUGCAGAAGAGAGUGUGUGAGUUGACAAAACUCAUAUUUCCUUUAAGCAGGUGGGUAACCCUUGUGCUAUCCUAGGCACUUUAACAUUGGGAGUUGGGUCAUUUAGACCCUCUAGACAGUUCCCACUUAGUUGAUCUUUAAAGACAAACAGAACAGAAUCAGAUUUAAUGAA